AUGGAAGUUGAAUCGCAAUCUAUCCAACGGUGCGAGGAGGCUGAAAGAGCAGUGUUCGAGGAACAAAACGUUCGUGAUUUGAAUGAGUUGCGGGAUCUCGUCGAAGGCUAUAGGGCACAGAAUGAUUUCUUGAACAAGGAGAUUGUGCUUUUGCACAAAAUGGUGCGUGCAUUGGAAGAGCGAGAACGAGGGUGGCAAAAGCAGUUUGCUGAGGUUGAAGGAUGUUACUACCAGAUGAAAAGUCGAUAUCUGAUGGUUCUCAACCACUUCAAGUCACCAGAGAAGCCGAGCAUAAUGAUGGAGCCGGGAAUGCUUCAGCAACUGAUGGCAGAAGUUUGUAGGACGGCACGCGACACUGAUUCGCUUAAGAAAACGGAUGCGCUUGGAUUCUAUCUGAAAGGUAGAACACAGCAGGAGGGAGCUAGUAAUGGAGAUCUAUUGAACUUGGCAGCGGAGUAUGCCGACAAAGGCGCCCAGUGUCUGGAAGCGGCAAAUCUGGAACAAAGUAAGGAGAACAUGUUAUGGCUGCAAUCCUGGGAUGCUUUUAUGGUGAAUUGGGUUGGGCGACCUCUAGUGGAAAGUCAAGAGCUGAAGGUUCUCAUUCGCACGGGUAUCCCUGAAGCAUAUCGAUCGCGGGUUUGGAAGGGGCUGAUACAACUCACUAUGAAGGAGAAAAUAACGGAACUUGGAAAUGGUUAUUAUAGCAGUAUGCUUCGCAAAACACUUACCCAGCAAGAGAAUGGGGUCUACGACACCUCCAUUAAGCAGAUUGACCUGGAUCUUGUGCGGACUCUUUCGGCGAAUAGCAUGUUUUCCGAUCCGGAUUCAGAGAAGGUGAAACAGUUGCGUAGGGUGUUAUACGCAUACAGAAACCACGACACAGUCAUAGGAUAUUGUCAGGGUUUGAAUCGGAUAGCUGCAGUAGCGUUAUUGUACCUUGAUGAGGAGGAUGCGUUCUGGUUCUUGAUAACGUUCACAGAGCUCCAGCCUCCCAAUUAUUAUGCAAGUAAUCUUAUCGGUGCCGUGGCUGAUCAGAAGGUGUUACGCGAUUUGGUGACGGAGAAGUUGCCUCGUUUUGCUGCCCAUUUACGACAGUUUGAAGUGGACUUAUCGUUGUUCGCGCUGAGCUGGUUCCUGACAUGUUUCGUUGAUGUGAUGCCUCAUCAGAUCUACCUACCAAUUUUUGACGUUUUCCUUUAUGAAGGAAAUAAGUCUUUGUUUCGGUUUGCCCUGGCAAUAUUGAAGAUGUGUGAGUCAGCUGUGCUGCAAAG